AUGACAACAGUUAAAUCCUUACAUGAAGAUAUACUUUAUACAAUUCUAUCAAAAUGUUCAUCAUCAAUAGAUAUGUGGCAUUUUCUUCAAGCACUUGAUUUUGAUUUAUCCAGAAUGAUUCAUUUACGUGCUUUUUGGAGCUGUAUUCGAUUAUCAUCAUUACAUAAUAAGAAGAUUUUAUUAUCGUUUAUUAAAGAAGUUGCUAUGUAUUGUGUAGAUCUUCGUAUUGAUAAUCUUAAUUGGAUGAUUGUAGCUGAUUUACGUCGUUUACUUGCAAGUUUUCGUUCAUUAGUUUGUUUUCAUACAGGAAAUGUUGCAUUAUCAAGAAGCACAUUAAUUAAUGAUAUUAAAAUACUUUUUCCUUUUAUAAAAUAUAUUACUUUAUUAAUAUCACUUGAUAGUUCAAAGAUAUCAUAUUUAUCUACUCGUCAAUAUUCAACUACUGAUACUAUAUUUCAAGAAAUAUGUACAUCAUUGAAUACGAUUGAUCAACUUGAACAUAUAUCAUUAGUAUUGCAAGAAAGAAAAGGAGCUUGUCUUUCUGAUGCAGGUGCUCAAAUAUAUUUUCAUUUAGUAUGUGAAUAUAUAUCUAAUAUGACAAAUCAUUAUAAACUUAUAUCUAUUGAAGAAAAUGGAUAUGAAAUUCAAAAUCGAUUUUUUUCGUCGACAACUUCUAACAGAUCAUCGUUGGGAUCAAUGGAUUUAUCUUUAAUACCAACAUUAAAUCAUUUAAUAGUUUCUUUUCGACCGAUACCAAGUGUAAAUUUAACAUUAGAUAUCAAAGAUUCGACGAUAGAUAAAUUGCAACUUCAAACUUUAGUAUUACCAUGUGUACCAUCGACAUCAAAGUCAAUUGAUAUUCUUGAUCUUAAUCAAUUAAAAAUACUUGAUAUUGGUUAUGUAUAUGUAAAUGAUAAAAUAGAAUUAACAAGACUUGAUCAAAUUCUUUUUUCUCAUCGUCAGAAUUCUCUUCGAAAUUUGACUAUUAGUUUAAGUGAAUGGCAAUCAGCGAAACUUGUUCUAGUAUGGAAAAAAGAAGACAAUAGUAAACAAAUAAUAACUUCAAAAGAACAAUUUAGUUCUGUGUUUGAAAACUGUUUUAAUCAAAUUGAGACAUUGGAAGAAGGUGAAGAAGAAGAAGAAGAAGAAGAAGAAGAAAUGGAAAAACCUAUUGUGUUGAAUUUAUUCGGAGAUGUCGAACAGACAUCAUCAGAUAUUAUUGAUGAAUUUUCACUUGAAUUCAUCGAUCAUAAUCAAUCAUCUAUUUUUCAAAUGUCUCUCAAACAUUCCUGGUUGAAUACAUUAACUAAUUUAAAUUUAACCGGUAUUCAUUGUCAUUCCAUUGAUUUUAAACAUAUUUUCAAUUCCUUACAUAUACUUCAAUCAUUAAGUCUCUCACCUUGUUUACUUCUAUAUAUUGAUCAAUUCGAAUGUCAUUGUCCAACAAAAUCAAAUUCUCUACCAUAUGAAAUUCAUUCAUUAAAUAAAAAUCUUCUGUCACUUAAUCUCGUCUCACAUAUAUCUAAUAUGAGACAAUCAUGUUCAAUGUUUCUUGAUCAACAUAGAUAUCAUUGUAUUCGUCAUGCAUCCAUUCAUCAAUAUUCUAAUAACAAUGAAUCUCUAUUUCAAUAUAAAAAAUUAAUUCAUUAUGUAAUUCAAACUCUAAUUCAAACAUUAGAUUUACAUCAUUUAAGUAUACGUAUACCAAACUAUGAACUUCAUAUUGAUGAUCUUAAUAUACAAAAUACAAAUCAUUUACAAUCAUUAAUAUUUGAUGUUAAAGUUCCCAUGACACUUCAUGCCAAAUUAACACAACUUUAUUCAUUAAAUAUUUUUCAUUCUUUACGUCGAUUUAUUCUUAUUAGUGAUAGUAAUUUUCAAUUAACACCAUUGCUUAUUGAUAAAUUUUGUCAACUUGAAAUAGUUGAAAUAAUAUCAAUUAAAUCUCAUCUUAAUCAUGCAACAAUAAAUUAUCUUCAACAAGUACUUAAACCAAAUAAUUAUCCAAAUUUAAAUACAUUUCGUAUGUGGAUUGGUAGUGUUGGUGCUAAACAUUUAUUAAAACAUUUACAUAAAACUGUACGAUUAGCAUUUGAAAAUAUUAAACCAUCGUUUCAAUUUAAUAUUUCUGUUGUUAGCCAAUCAUCACAAUUAAAUGAAAUAUCGAAGUGUAUUUUAUAUGAUCAUACACAUGAAAUUCAUCAAUAUUUUCAUACAUUAUUAUCAAGUCAUAGUAAUCAAUUUUCAGUUAUUUAUCCAAAUUUUUUAAAUUAUAAAUCAUUGUACAGUGAACAAAAAUUCGACAAAUAA